UUGAGAAAGAGUGAUAGGAUUGGGUCUGCAAGCUGCAAAAGAUUGGCAUCUGUUCUUGGAGCCCUUGAAACUCCGAUCUACAGCCGACAACCGGCCAUCUCCCACGAUGGCUUCACCUCCAACCCUCCCGAUCUCAAACUCUCAGUCCACUACCUCCGCCGCCGCCCAAUCCCAGCCACCCAUCGCCACCCCCGCCUUCCGCUCCUUCAUCACGCGCCUCUCUUCCUCCGUCCGCCAAGGCUUUUCCCAGCGCCGCCCCUGGUCCGAACUCAUCGAUCGGACCUCCCUCUCCCGUCCGGACUCUCUCUCAGACGCCGCCUCCCGCGUCCGCAAGAACUUCUCCUACUUCCGCGUUAACUACGUUGCUUUGAUCGCUUCCGUACUCGCUCUCUCUCUACUCUCUCACCCUCUCUCUCUCCUUGUCCUCCUCUGCCUCCUCGGUGCCUGGUUCUUCCUCUACCUCUUCCGGCCGUCCGAUCAGCCCUUGGUCCUUUUCGGUCGCACCUUUUCCGAUCGGGAAACUCUAGGCAUCUUAGUCGUGUCCACGGUAGUUGUGGUGUUCCUCACCAGCGUCGGAUCGCUUCUGAUCUCCGCUCUCUUGCUCGGUUUGGCGAUUGUUUGCGCUCACGGCGCGUUUAGGGUCCCCGAGGACCUUUUUCUUGACGAUCAAGAGCCGGCCAACGCCGGCUUCCUCUCGUUCCUCGGUGGAGCCGCCUCUUCUGCCGCGGCAGCGGCGCGGGUAUGAAAAAAGGCGUGUUUGGAUUUGGACCUGGUCCGAUCUGAUCCGAUUUAAUGUGAUCUGCGAGGAUCAGCAAGAGACGAGGCUGCCAAAGUUUUCACAUGAAGUGGUCGUGUGUGUGGGCACGUGAGGCUCUUUUCACUGGUUACCUAGCCCAGUGGCCGAAGGCAGGUGACGAACCUGGGACUACCUAUUUUGCAAUUCAUAUUAUGUUUUUGAUGAAUAACUUCCGGCUAUGUAUUUGUUGUUAUUUUGUAACAUCUUAUUUUUUCCCUGCGGUAACUUCGAUUUUUUUUUUCUUUUUAUGAAUUUCUGUUAACUUUAACUUCUUACAUUGUCUAUUUCUUGUAAUUCCUCCCUCCCCUCCCCCCUUCCCUUUCAUUUGCUAUUAGGCUCUUCUGUUUCAAAAGUUCAAAUUUUCCCUUUUAAUCUUUGUUAUUUCUUGUUUUUUUGUUGGGGUUAUGAAACUAUUUGUUAUUUAUUUUAUAAUGUUAUAACUAGCGAUUGACAUAAUAUUGGUUGUUCUGACAUUGCUUGUAAUUUGCGAUUUAUAAUUUAAUCUGCUUGCAUUUAUCUCUUUGUAGAUAUGUAUUGUAAAUAAUGGUAUGAAAAUAUGUCAUAUUUUGAAUAAAUGUGUCCAUUGCAUCCAAGAGAUGUGCACAUUUGACAAAUAUUGUUGAGUUGAGUAGAUUUUGCCCCAUCUUUUUUUCUACUUGAAUUCUAUUCUAUUGCACCCAGCAGUAACUUAAAAGUAUACACAAUUUCUCCGUGGAAUUAAGAAAGCAGGAGGAGGUUGAACAAGCUUAGGGAUUUGAUUUAGAAUCCUAUUAGUAGGGUUGCAGUAUAGUAUCGAUAUGGAACAGAGUGAAAUCCGUAUUGAUUGAGCGAUGGCUUGAGAAGGGGUUUUUUGGUUUAGGCUAUGUCUGGGAUAGAUCAGUAAUUGCAUGGAAGGGAGAUAUUAGGCUAUCUUAUCUUUGUUCACAAGCACAAGUCAUGUGCGCGUGGAAGGAAGAGCAGAGCUGAAUUUGCCAAUUAACUAUAUCGAUGUCGUUAAUGUUUGACAUAAUAUUCACUUCUGUUAAAUCUAUCAUUACUUUAUAAAAUUUUACUUAACCCAACCUUAAUUUAAUAGAUAAUGUAUCUUGUGACUAAAUUCUCAUUGUGGACUGACUUUACCUGAAAUAGCACCGUUUUUCAGUAUUUGUUGGUGCUUACGGCACAUUAGGAAUUUGACGAUUCAUGAUCCAUCUAAUUCUAAUUCUAUCGAUUUUCUUUUGAAUCUCCAUCUCUUGUUAGGUGGAGGUCAUCUCCACUUGACACCUCGCUACCGGGUUGGUAGACGUGCGUUGGUAAGUAUUAGAAGUCUUAGAGAUCAAAAUUUCAAACGCGUAUGUGGCUUUUAUUUAUGUUAUAUAUGGUCUCUGUCUCUUUUUCAUGUGUUUAUUUUGAUUUAAGAGGUGAAAAAGUUAAUACCGCAGCCACUAAGUUUAAUGGGGGUUUGUUUUGUCUCUUGAAGCCAACUUGGUCAACCCUAAAAAGAUCUCAUGAAAUCGACCUUUACUGCUUUUUACUUAACAAAAGUAAAAUAAAAAUCAAUUAUGGGUGUUUUCUUCUUGUUAUGGCGACAACUGUUACUUUUAUCCCAAUAUGGUUUGUGUGUAAAAUCUCAGUUUGUUAAUAUAUUUUCAUAUUUGUAUUCGGUUCGUUUAACUUAAACGAGCUUCAUUUUGAGUUUGUUCGUGAAUAAUAAAUGAAUUUAAUUAAUAAAUUUGUUAUUUUCAAGUUUUUUUAUUGUUUAACAAACAAUAAAUGGGAGUAUUCAAAAGACAAAUAUCUUCAUCGGCCAAAAAAAAAAAAAGAAAAGAAAAACAAAUU